GCAAGUUGGGGUAAGGCAGUGGCAUCAGGAGCUCCACAGUUGUGGGCUUUACAGGGGAACCUGGGGGCAAAAGUGAGGUCUGGGUUCUGGACUAGAGAAAGAACUCUGUGAGUGUGCAGCUAGAAAGAACUAUGCAAGAGCUGUGAGGGAAGGGAGACUUGGGCAACACUUGUGGCGCUGCAGAAAGUCUCUCCAAGUCAUGCCCCGUAGUCAGACUCCUGGAGCUACUAGAGGUUAUCUCAGCGCAGAAAGAAUGUAACAUCACUUACAGUCUAUAUUUAGCCCCACAUUUUUUGUCCACCGAAGAGAAGUUACUAAGGCAAAAUGGUGAAUUUAACCUCAAGAAGAAAAUUAAGGAUGAUCCCACACACCAUUGCUACCGAUUUAGCCUGACCCGAGAAAUCUAUUGAUGCCUUUGGUAGUAGGAGGCAUGCCUUAUGUAGAUCGGCAGAACCGGACCUGCGGGUUUCUGGAUAUUGAGGAUGAAGGCAGUGGGCGCUUUCUACGAAGAUAUUUUAUCCUGGACACUCAGGCGAAUUACCUUUUGUGGUACAUGGAUAAUCCUCAGAACCUGCCCAAUGGAACAGGAGCAGUUGGAUGUCUGAAGCUGACAUACAUAUCUAAGGUUGACAUAGCAACUGUGAAGCAAAAGGCGAAGGCGAAAUUCUGCUUUGUUAUAAAGGCGCUGUCCCAACGAUAUUUCCUACAAGCCAGUGACCAAAAUGACCUACUGGGAUGGGUUGAGGCCUUAAAUUCAGCAAGCAAAAUUACUGUUCCCAGACCUACUCCUGCUACGGCGCCUGAAGUAGGAUCAGCUGCCUCUGGAUCUGCUGCCUCCGGAUCCGCUGCCUCUGGGGAGAGAAGGUCUCAGAUAGCCUAUAGGACAGAGAUUAUUGGGGGUGUUGUUGUGCAAACGGCUAUUAACCAGAAUGGAGGGGAGAGCCAUGAGGUGACUCCUUCUGAACUCCCAAGUCAUUCCGCCCUUCGGCGCACCCAAAGCCAAUAUCCGGUGUCAUUGCACAAAAGCCAGCCCUCCCGUUCUUUUCUGAAGAGUGGCUACUGCGUCAAACAGGGAAACGUGAGGAAAAACUGGAAAAGAAGAUUCUUUGUUUUGGAUGUAUUCUCUAUUAGCUACUUCAAAUCUAGUUCGGAUCGAGAGCCUCUGCGACGUAUACUACUACGGGAGAUUCUGAAGACCCAUGAGUGCCUGGUGAAGUCUGGGGAUUUGUUGCUGAGAGAUAACUUGUUUGAAAUCAUUACUGCCCCAAGGACAUUCUACAUUCAGGCCGACAGCCCCCAGGAGAUGCACAGCUGGAUAAAGGCAAUUAAUGCAGCAGUACAGACAUUGCGGAUGCGUUACAGAGAGACUUGUUUCGGGAGGACCAUGUCUCUGAACCGCUCUUGCAUUCCCGGGCCCUCCUCUGAAUCCUGCAGCGAGGAUAAGCGCCCCCUAGGAAAGUCUUCUUCUGUGAAGUCAUCAUGGCAGCCCUGGACACCGGUCCCCAAGUGUGACACGGAGGCUCAGUUGGCCUUGGCGAGUACGGAGGAAAGUGGUGAGAGCGGAGGAAGAAUGCGGCACUCCUCUGAGCCUCAGUGGUCAAGGGAGAAACAGUUACUCUACAGUCUGGACAAUAUGAGCCUCCGGACAUCUGAUGUGUGACCAGCCGCUCUCUCACGUACUAAACUGCAUUUGGGGCAACCAUUGCCCUGGGUUUUAUCACAUAUGAUGGAGAGCUGAAAGUACAAAGAGUCCAGAAAGCUUAGUUUUGUACCACUCAUUGACCUCUUGCUUGUAUGAGGAGUAUCUAAAGGGAAAGAGGAAACAAAAGAAUGCUGCAUUGUGGGAAAAAUAUGGCAGAUUGUACCAAUGUUGCACUUUGCUCUUUGCUUGGUCUUCUAUAAUGAUCUUCCGAGACUGCAACCCUUCAGCUCUUGGUAAAGUACUGGGAGCAAGGGGAGCGGGGCCAAAGGCCAGUCAGCCCUACUUUCUAUAGGUAAUGGGGCCCCACAAGGUUUUGCCCCAGGCCACACCACUAGUAAAGAUGAUCCUGUUGAUUCCUAUGAAACGUUAAUGUGAAAUAACAAUCCAGAGACUGUUAUAAGUAAGGACUGUGCUUCAUGUAACUUGGCCUUUAUUCCUGAAAUAAUGCAAAUGUAAAUACACUUUAUGCUGUUUUAAGAUUUGGGAUAUGGACUUCAAGUCUGUUUAAUAUAAAUGAAGCAGAUAUUAAAUGUCUGCUUUUAUUAAAAA